UAAGCAAGAUGCUUGUCAAAAUACAUCAAAAUAAAGUUUUCAAUAUUAAAUAUAAUUUUUUAAGAUUUUUUCCAUAUUGUAACAAAAUAUAAAUUUAUAAAAAAAUGAAUACUGACAAUUAAAAUUAAGAAAGUGUUUAAAAACCUGAAUGGGAUGAAAAUCUAGGGAUAUGGAAAAAUAGUAAAGCAGCCGGUUAAUCAACUCUUCCAGAUCCUCUUUGGAUUUUCGGUUAUGGCAGUCUUUGUUAUAAGCCUGGAGAUAUGAAAUAUGUAGAAGAAAGAAAUGGAUAUAUUAAACAUUAUACAAGAAGGUUUUGGUAAAAAUCGUGCGAUCAUAGAGGAACUCCUGAAAAUCCUGGCCUCGUUUGUACUUUACUAUCUGAAGAAGAAUGGCAAACAUAUGGAGAUAAUUACGAAAACGGAAUUGUUUAUGGAAAAGUAUUUAGAAUAGAUGAAAAAGAUAAGGAAGAAGUUUUAAAUGAGUUAGAUUUUAGAGAAAAGGGAGGCUAUUCAUAAAUUAUUCUAGAUGUGUAUUUUUAAGAUUUUGAUGAAAAUUAAUCAGGAAAUUAAGUUUAAAAAGUAUAAGCCUUGCUUUACAAAGGAAAUGUAGAUAAUCCAAAUUUUCUUUAAGACAAAGAUAUAAGAGGUUGUAUUAAAAAGCAAGCUGAAAUUAUUUCAAAAAGUAUAGGACCUUCUGGAAAGAACAUAGAAUAUUUAAUCAAAUACUACUAGUAUUUACAGUCAAUUGAUAAAGUUGAUAGGUAUAUGGAAGAAUUAGUUUAAUUAGCAACACAGGUGAUUAGUUCUGAUUAAGAUAGCUGCUCAAAAAGUUGAACA